AUGAUUCUGCUCGUGGUCACUGUAUCCAUUGCCAAUGUGUUUCUUGCUGCUGGAGUUGUUUGCUUACCCCUAUUGGACCAGGGACCCCACAUCAACCAAGGCUGGGACCAGGUGGUACGACUCAGGCACCUUUUCGCUGCCAGGCCAGGACUUCACCUGCUGAUCAGUGGGGAUGGACAGAUCCAUGGCUCUGCAGACCAAUCUCUGUACAGUCUGCUGGAGAUCCGUCCAGUUGAUCCAGGCUGUGUUGCCAUCAGAGGAGUAGCAACUGCACGAUUUCUCUGCAUAGAAGGCAAUGGACGACUGUUCUCAUCACACACCUACAGCAGAGACGACUGCACCUUUAGAGAGCAGAUCUUACCAGACGGGUACAACGUCUACAUCUCUGACAAACACGGAGCUCUGCUCAGUCUAGGAAACCAGCGGCAAAGGCUGCAGGGUCGAGACAGAGGUGUCCCGACAUUGGCUCAGUUCCUUCCUAGGAUAAGCAUUCUGGAACAGGCCUCAGCCCCAGGACGGGACAUUCCUGACCAGCAAGGGCUGAGAGCAGCACAAACAGAAGAACAUAUGGACUCUAUGGACUCAUUUGGAAAGCUCUCUCAGAUCAUUCACAGUCCCAGCUUCCACAAGAGAUGA